CGCACCUUUCAGUCGACAACAUAAGUGUUUCGGGCGAUUAAUUUUCGAGUAAAUAAUGGAAAACGCGGAAUCCACGGCAGCAAAGAUGCUUAGAACUCACCCCUAUAACAUUUUUUAUAAUUCAACACCCAAUGCAAAGGACGAAAAUACAAUUUCGUUUAAAGAUUUAUUAUGCCCAAGCUUGGGCGAGCUAAAAUCAUCCUUACACAUAAAUUUUCUCGUCGAUUUACUCUGGCUCUUUGACGAGUACAUGAAGGUUGGCCUUCAAAGCAAACCGAUGACUGUGCUUUACGGUUUUGAGGUCGAUUACAAUGAACAAGAGACGGUCGAUGUGUUGGACAAAAUUAUGCCCAAUGUUAAGCAUCACUUGAUCGAAACGCAAGAUAUAUUUGGCAUUAAUCAUUCACGCAUAUCAAUUUUUGAGUACCAAGAUGGCAGCAUUCGCAUCGCCAUCAUGUCCGCUAAUCUGAAAGAUGUUGACUGGCACUCUAUGAAUCAAAGUGUUUGGUUGAGUGAAUCGUGCCCAAAAAUGGCGUCUUAUUUAAGGGACAGUGAAUGCUCUGGUCCGACUGGCUUUAAAAAGGCGCUUGUUAAUUACUUGAAGAAGUAUAAAAUGUCCGCCGCACUCGCGGAGUGGAUUAAUUUAGUCCGUCGCGCCGAUUUUUCCAAUGUUAAAGUGUUGUUGGUAGCAUCUAUUCCAGGUGCGCAUUAUAUUAAAGGUGUUGGUUGCCAUGUGUUGGAUAUGGCCUAUUAUCUUAAAAAAUAUUGUACUGUUCCAUCUGAUCCGGAAGAAGAGAAUACCUGGCCGAUUAUCGCAGCCGUUUCGAGCUUAGGCUCUUAUGGCGACAAUGCAAGCGGCUGGCUCACGAGUCUGUUUCUGCGGAGUUUAGGUCGCCAUCGCUCCUCCACAAGCGAUUCUAGCCGGGAGGCCAGUCUCUAUUUGGUGUAUCCAAGCACGAAAAACAUAAAAUCGAUGGAUUUGAAUCUACCAACUUCAUCGAAACAGGCAGCAAUUAAAGACUAUCAGCAGGAGUGGUUAAAAACAUUUCUACAUCAAUGGAAAGCUGACAAGUUAAACAGAAGUUCAAUGGUGCCGUAUUCUAAGAGCUAUUGUCGAAUAUCGCCUUGCAUGUCUAAGCUGGCGUGGUUUCUGUUUUCUAGUGCGAAUUUAGCAAAAUCUGACUGGGGUGUUAAAUGGGAUUCUGAUGUUUACGUACGAAGCUGGGAAUUGGGCAUACUUUUUAUUCCGAAAUUCUUUGGAAUGGAAUAUUUUCCAUUAAUGGAUAAUGACAUUCAAGAGAACGAGAAGAAAGUAAAGUUUCCUCUCAUGUUUGAUUUACCAUUAGUAUUAUAUGAUACGGAUGAUGUUGCGUAUUAAGUUUAGCAUGUAUCGUUUAAAUAUAAGCGAAUAAUUUAUUAAAUAAUAAUAGAA